CGGAAGUAAUUCUUACCCGCGCCACACCGCUGGAUGAAGUCAGGCUGACCGAACACAUAAGACCUCCCUUCGAACUUUUGCGGCCCCGCCUCCUUCAAGCCAAAAAAAUCUGUCUCUUCAUCUAUCUCGCUUGGAACAUGGCGUCUAUGCCCAUUAACAAUGUGAUUCCCCUCGAAGGGGGAUCAUUGGUGUGUGGAAUGGUUGUUGUCUACGCUAUCCAGGCGUGGAGUUCUCAUGGUCUCUCAUGGAGACUAGUCGGCGACCAAGACCGGCAGCGGUCUCUGAUCACGCUAUGCAUGGCAGUGGUCGUGGCGGGAAUUAUAAGUCUUGGUCUGAAUCAAACGAAAGCCGCCUUCAUCUUGCAAGACAUCGUCGUCCUCAUAAUUUUCUGGGGAGUGCAGCUUGGUCUAUGCUGUAUCAACCACAACACUAUCAUUCGGAUAUACAUUGCGCUCUCAUCGAGCUCAUCUCGUCUGCGACCCCAGAAGCUUUCGCUUUACUGCUUAGCACUUUACCCUUUGACCAUCUUGGUCCUUCUCCCAAUCUUCAUGGGAUUUCCCUCCACCAUCGCUGCCAAGCAAGGGCUGAACACGUCGGACGAAAACAAGCAGAUUUUCAAGCCCCUCAAUGUCGGCCUCGUGAUUGCCACCGAGGUCUUUGCUACCGUCUCCGACAUCUUGUUACUUAUGCGCGUUGGGAGGGCAAGGGGAGCGACGGUUUCUUCCAGUCAACCAUUGUCGCAGGUGGAGAUUGCCGGGAGUGCGCCCGUCAAGCGAUCGUCAACCACUCAACAGAUGCGGGCCAGUAUGUGGAAGCACUACGCCCUCGUAUGGGUGCUCGUAAUUCUGGAUGUUAUCCUGAAGAUCCUCAUAUUUCUUGGGUACCCAGUUCUCUUUGACUCGCAAGUCACUAAUGCGACCAUCCUAUUGAGAGCCGUUACGAACCUAGAGUUCGGCAUAUCCCUCUCCAAGGUGUACGGCGGAGCGUCCACGCAGAAGUCGCAGGGCGAAGUAUUGUCCGCUACGACGAGCCACCCAGGAAUGACUUCGGUGAAGAACACAGGGGUUGUGACGAAAGGCACAUCCGUUCAGCCUUUGCCGACAAAUGGACAAAUCGCAUAGACCGAUGCGAGUGCCGUGACGGCAAAAGAAGCAGUUGAUGAACGUAGUGCUUAGAAUACCAAACCGUUGCAAUUCCCUUUCAUGCGCUUUAGACAUCAGCAUUCUCCUCAAUAUUCAU